CAGGCAGCAGCGAGUGCAGAGCCGCGGCCCGCCCGCCCGCUCACCCGCCCAGCCAGCCAGCUUCGGCUUUGGCUGGCUGCGCGUGUCCGUCCAUCGGCGGCGGCAGCAGCAGGCAGGCAGGGCCUCAGCCAUCUUGUUCUUGCACCAUCGACGGCGGCAGGCAGGCAGCCAGUGUCGAGUCGGCCGCGCGCUGCACCAGGUGUUUCGCGCUCUGCGUCCUCGUCUUCGUUGCCCACUCGGAUCGCAGCCGCGACCUGCUUUCAGUUUGAACCACUGUUCUGUGUACCAUGAGCCACCGUGAUUAUCACAACAUGUCGGGAGCGGGACCCUCAAACGCCCAGGAAAAGAUGGAGGAGGGCGACAUGGACGAGGACCUUCCUCAGUGCAAGAUCAAGCGCAACUACGCGUGCGCUCAGUGUGACUUCUUCACGCAAAACCCGCGCACAUAUCUGUACCACUUGCGCGACACUCACCAAGCCCGCAUCAAGGUGUAUGAGUGCCCCCAGUGCGUGUACGCGAGCAAGCAUAGCCAGAAGCUGCAGCGGCACAUCCACAUGGUGCACGUGCUCGGACAACAGCGCCAACAGCAGCAACAGCAGAUGCAAAUGAUGCGCAAGGCGUCACCGCCGAACCUCAAUAUCAUUCAGCCAAGGCAAGAGCUCUACGAAGAAGAGGAGGAAAGUGACAUAGACGUCCCGAUGGAGGAGGACUGUAUGGAGAUGGACGGCAUGGAGGUGGAGGACGUGUCGCUGGACGACGAGGCAGCCGCAGUGGAGGACGGCGGACAACAGGAGAUCCAGUGCUCGCAGUGCCCGUUCAAGUCGUCAAGCGUGACACUGGUGCAGCGGCAUGAGCAGAUCGCGCAUUUCAAGAAGAAGUUCUUCCGCUGCAACAAAUGCAACUACGUGACGCACCUCAAAGCGCGCUUCACCAAGCAUGUCAAGUAUCACUCGAUGCCGAUGAUAAAGUGCGAUUUGUGCGACUUCCGCACGCCCUACAAGUGGAACCUCGACCGCCACUACCGCAACCACCAGGGCGACGGCGAGUUCAAGUGCCCGCUAUGUAACUUCCGCGCCGACAUCAAGCAGAGCCUUACUGUGCAUGUGCAGAACCACCACCUCACGCCCCAGCAGAAGGCCCUCAGGGGUGUCAACCGCAGGAACAAGGUUGGUGGAAGUGAUGCGCCAUCAACAGAGCUAAGAAUGUCGGAUGUAGGUUUGAUUGGCACGAAUCCAAAUCCCUACUCAGAAGACGAAGAGGAGGACUUCGAAAAUAGUGCCGAUCUUGAGUUUUCAGACAGUCCGACGCCCUCCACGAGUGCACCAGUAAAAAAGAAUACACCGCCUGCUCCGAUGCCCAAGUUGAAACAACAAAGCCAGCAAAAGAGCUUCACGGCGUCAGACUUUGUGCACCCAGAUGAUGUGCUUCACAAGAAUGGGAAAGUCUAUCACAGGAGCCUGAAAUGCAGAUUCUGCCAGUACAAGGCAUUUUUUGCGGGUGACCUUGCGCGUCAUGAAGCCAAACGGCACGGAGCUGCAAUGCCGGUGCCGCAGCCUAAAAAACGUCCAAUGCCAAACCUGAUUCCCCUUCAGCACGCCUCUCCGUCGCCAUCUGACGCUGAUAUUAUGGCCGCUAACAUUCUCUCUGGGGGCCACUCAAUUUUUGGCGGACCUUCCAUUAUUGCUCAAUCGGACGAUGAGCAAGAAUCCUUCAACCGGAAGGAGGAAUUUGAGGAUGAGGACUUGGAGGAAGAAGAGACGCCCGAGACAUUGGACAAGAUGGAUGUAAAAGUUGAGCAUGAAGAGCCUCAGGAGCUUAAAUGCAACCUUUGCGGGCAUGAUAGCAAAACGAUCAACGAGGCUCUUAACCACCAAAAGACCCACAAGAAUGAAGAAGCUGCUCAGAGGAGCUUCCUUGAGGGAGUUGGGCUCUCGUCCACACGCUGCCAACACUGCGGGGUCAGAUGUAAAAAUAGUGCGGAAUUGAUGGUCCAUCUGCGCAAAUGCACUAGCAAAGCUAGAGGUUCGGAUGCUGGUGCUUUAGACUCAGGCGCAGACAACCAGAAAUCGUCGGAUGACCAUUCUGACGAGGAAAUUGCAGGACUGCAAUGUGCAAGCUGCAGGCAGCCAUUUGAAGAGUUUGAAGAGCUGCGGAACCACAUAGAGAAUUGCAAAGCACGCAUGAUGGAGCUCACACCGGAGGUGUCUAUCACGGAGAUUAAGGGCGCGGAAUUUAUGCCUGUUGUUGCAAAGAACUUUAACUGGAAUCACGAUAAGUCGCCUCAGAGGUCUGCUUCUAAGGAUAUCAAACCUGCUCUCACCAUUGAAAGAGUUUCUGCUCAAAAUCUCAAUAGUGAGGAGGAAGAUAAAAUUGAUACAGAUGAAGAUGAUAUGGAACCAAGGAAACUGACCUUGGGAGAGGUGUUUGUUGGAAUCGAAACCGCGCCAGGCUAUGGCUGUGUAACUGAAGAAAAGGUUCCAAACCCUCAUGAAUCGCAAAUCCAGUUCACGAAGGUGUACAAGUGCCCGCAGUGCAACUUCUGGGCGAGUGCUGCAUCUCGUUUCCACAUCCACUUCGUGGGCCACCUGAACAGCAAGCCUUUUGGCUGCUCGCAGUGCAACUACCGCUCCAAUUGGCGCUGGGAUGUUGCUAAGCAUAUCAGACUGAAGGGUGCACGGGACCCAAAGCAUGCGCCUGGCGCUCGACCGCGAGUGCUUGUCACAGAUGACGACACUAGUCGGCGUAACUACUCAAAAUAUGCCAAGUACAUCAUGUACUUGCUGGUGCAGCCUGGACCAGACAUGGAAGGGCUGCCAAAUUCUGUCUCAAGCCGCAUAUCACCCAACUCAGUCAAACAGCAGAUGCCUGUUCUGCAGAGCCAGAUACCUUCCCGGCCCUCUGUUUCCAGGACUCCCACAGAGUCUGCAAUGCAACAAUUUGAAAGGUCAAUGCAGCCAGAAACUUCUCAGGUGAAGCAACCAAAGAGACUGCCACAAAACAAGAAGCUUGUGUGGCGGUGUAAGAAGUGCAACCACAGAGGCAUGAACAAGGAAGAGGUGUUGGAACAUGUUCGAAGCCAUUACACCAAUCCUAAGCAGCAGCAGCAGCAACAUGAGCCAGUGACACCAAAGAAAUUCUCAUGUGAAAAGUGUCCGUUUACUGGUAAGAUGAACGAAGUCCAAUUGCACAAAAGCCACCAUCAGCCGCAGCCAGGUGCUAACUUCAAAUGCUACAUUUGCCCAUUCUUUGUCAGCAACAAGAAGGAAUUGUACACACACAUGUCUGUCCAUGGAGUCAGUGACCCUGAGGAGUUCAUGAACAAAAUGCAGUCUGGCACAUUCUCACUGUCGGUGGCCUCUGUUCCGUCGCAAAAAGAGACAAAGCCGCCAAAGGUGCCAGACACCUCAAACAUGAAGGAAGUGCCGCUUUUCUGGGUCACCAAGGGAGGCAAAUUCAUGAAAAAGUUCAAGUGCCGGCACUGCCCACACAACAACAGCCGCAAGGUGAACAUUGUUGAGCACGAAAAGAUGCACACAAAUCGCCAAGUUUGGGGCGCGACGGACUACUCUAAUGUCUACCACACAUGCACUCACUGCAACUACACAUGCAACAAUGCUGGCGUGCUCUCUGCUCAUUUCAAGGUUCACCAAGAUUCUUACCCGAAGGCUCUUGCCCUUGUUGAUCCAUCACGCCCUGAUAUCGAUCAAGUCCGAGACCUUGGUGGCAACGAACACUCUCUGGAUAAUCAGGGUAGCUUGGACAGCAGGGAAGGUAGCCCGGCUGCCCAGUCUGAGAGUAAGACCGGUCUUGUCUCAAGUGGAAAAAAUUGCAAGCAACCGUUUCUUGCAGACGACAGUGGCGAAGUUAAUUCGCCAAAUGGGGUCCAAGUGAAUCCAGAAAGGAUGGAGUCGGACGAACAGCUAGUCUACUUCUGCUCUCAAUGUCCAGGCCGCUUCAUGUUCACGCGCGAGCUGGCCAUACACAAGCGCUUCCACAGGGUGAAACUGCAGUUCCACUGCAGCCACUGCAACUACACGGCGCGCCAGCCGCAGCAUCUGGCCGCGCACAACAAGGUGCACUGCUCCGAGUACCAAGACCGUACGGCUCUGCUGCUGAUGAACCACCAGGAGAGCAUGGACCAUCCCAAGCCCGCGCUCAUUGUACGCGACGACAUAUGGGUCGUGAACGAGCUCGACGAUUUGGGCGACAUGCCCAUUCUGAAACAUCAGCAUCAAGUUGUACAGCCACAGCAGCAGCAGCAGGAGACCUCUCCUGGUCAGUCUCAAGCCAGACAGCACUGCUGUCAUCUUUGCCCCUCAAGGUUCUUCAAAGCUGUGGCUUUGCAGUACCACUUGUCCCUGCACGGUGGAAACGGCCCAUACAAAUGUUCUAAGUGCGACUACUCUGUAAAGAUGUUAGGCAACCUCGUGCGUCACGAAGUGGUGCAUGAUGAGAAGGAGAACGAAGACCUGCGGGACGACCCUCCUAACAUUGUGCCGGCCACCGUGCAGAUGGCCUCUCCGCCGCCUGUCAUUUCGCGGCCAAUGCCCCAACUGCAGCCCCAGGUACCUCAAAUGCAGCCCCAGGUACCUCAAAUGCAACCCCAGGUGCCGCAACUGCAACCACAGGUGCCUCAUAUUUCGCUCCCGGCCGACCCCGUCUUCGGCACCCUGAUGCACGGCAGUCCUGAAUUCAUUUACCCGACCUAUAUGAAGAAUGGCAAACUGAAGGAAAAACGUUACAAGUGCCACAAGUGUCCAUCGGCGUUUGAGAAGCGAGAGCAGUACAAAGUGCACCUCAGCCUGCACGGCUCAAAGCAAAAGUACAAGUGCGAGCGGUGCGACUACUCGGUCAAAUACUAUGCCAACUUCAUUCAGCACACAAAGAAGCAUGACACAAACGAUCAGGCCCAGCAGCAGAAGCUGCUGGAGCAGCAACAGCAGAUGCAGGAGCAAUACGAGAGCCAGAAGCCGCCAGAGCUGAUGGACUUGGGAGCCGACGAGGACGACUUGGACGAUGAAACGCUCAAGGUGCUGCAUGAGCCUGAGGUGGUGCUGGUGACAAAGCCAAACGCGGCCAGUCUCGGCUCGGUGCAAAGACAGCAACAGAUGAUGAUGCUGGAGCGGCGCAAGCAGCAGCAGCAGUCUGAGAUUCCGACAACGCCUGAGAUGGCGGUGGCGACAACGCCCACCUUCUGGUGCUCAAAUUGUCCGUACUGCAACCAGCGGCGCGACCAAGUGGAGCAGCACCUAAGGCUGCACCAGCGCCAAUCAGAUAUGAAGUAUGCGUGCUGCUACUGUGACCUGGCCAACGCAACUCAGCAGGACAUGCAGGAACAUCUGCUGCUGCACUUCAGGGCCCGCAAGAUGCCCAACAGCCGCAGGGCGGUCACCUUUACCAGCUACGACGACAUGGAGAUCCGGGCCACCAAGCUGGACCAGCCGGAUGAUGAUGAGGAGGAGGAGGAGGCUGCUGAGGGUAGGCUGGUGGUGCGCAAGCUGAGCGAGGCGCAGCCCCAACCCGAUAACAGUGAUGAUGAGAAUGAACAGGACUGUCAAUUCAUUGAUCUCAGGACUGGCAAUGUGGUGCCGUACGAGCAGGAAAUGCUCGCGAGGAAGGAGCAAGCUGCUCAGUUGUUGUGAUGAGAUGUUGAGAAUCAAAAACACCCUAGUGCAAACAAGUAUUUACUAAGAGUGAGAAACUUUUCGUGAGUGGCUUAAUGAAGACAUUAAAUCUCAUUCCCACUUCAGCGUUGAUGAAGAACGUUUUAAAGUUAAAUUUCUCAGUUGUGGUUACCAUUAGCUGGAAGACAGUUAGUCUUGGUUUUACGACAAAAUCAAAGUGUAUUAUAGAAGCAUUGGAUUUAAGAAAACAAGGAAAUGAUUGCUACUAAAUGAUUAUUAUCUUGAAUGUACAUUUUGCACAAGUUAUGUAUUUAAAUUGUAGUAGUAGUGUACAAAGUUCACAAACACGCUGCUCAAAGGUUAUGCUAGCUUCAUAUAAAAUAAAUGAUGUAAAUAAUACACAAAAAAUAUUA